AUGAUGGACCAUCUCAGCGAGGUGUGUUUGGGGAAGGAGAACUCCGACCUGAUGAACAGCAUGGCCGAGGCCAAGGCCCCGCCGGCCAAGCUGCCCCGCUGGAGCAGAACGCAGCCCCUGGGCCGGGCCCGGCUGGGCAGCACCGGGGCCAAACUAGCUGGGGUCCCGUACAAACCCACCGGCCACCUGCUGAAGACCUGCCACAAGAGAGGCAACAUGCUGCCUGUGUUCUGUGUGGUGGAGCACUACGAGAAUCCCAUGGAUUUUGACAGCAAGGAGGAGCAUGCCGAGUUCGUCCUGGUGCGUAAGGACAUGCUGUUCAACCAGCUCAUCGAGAUGGCCCUUUUGUCACUGGGCUAUUCCCACAGCUCAGCGGCCCAGGCCAAAGGUAUGAUUCAGGUGGGGAAAUGGAACCCCGUCCCCCUGUCAUACGUGACAGACGCACCGGACGCUACGGUGGCUGACAUGCUGCAGGACGUCUACCACGUUGUCACGCUCAAGAUCCAGCUCCACAGUUGUCCUAAGCUGGAGGACCUGCCGCCUGAGCAAUGGAGCCACUCUACAGUAAGAAACGCCCUCAAGGAGUUACUCAAAGACAUGAAUCAGAGCUCUCUGGCUAAAGAAUGUCCCUUAUCACAGAGUAUGAUUUCCUCCAUUGUGAACAGCACUUACUAUGCAAAUGUGUCGGCGGCGAAGUGUCAGGAAUUUGGGCGCUGGUAUAAACAUUUCAAGAAGACAAAAGAUAUGAUGGGCAUGCGCCAACCCUCCCAGCUGGAGGGCUACCUGGGGACGUGUGUCCUCCGUGAGAGCCCGCGUGCCAAUGCAUUAGCAGAGAUGGAUGGCCUGUCCGACCUCUCUCCACCCGGCUCCAAUCACAGCCACAACCACAACCACAACCACCUGGGCUUCUCCCAGCAGCAGCAGCAGCAGCAGCAGCAGCAGCAGCAGCAACAGCAGCAGCAGCAGCAACAGCAGCAGCAGCAGCAGCAGCAGCAGCCUAUCCCCGGCAGCACAGCAGAGCAGACGCCAUCUUCGCCGGUGCCUCAGAUGCAACACGCCCCCCCGCCACACAGUGGGCAGAACGGCGGCCGACAGCCCCAGCUCCCCGGUAUGCACCACCCGGGCCUGGUGUCCACGCCCAUCAGCCCCCAGCUGGUCAACCAGCAGCUUGUGAUGGCACAGAUCCUCAACCAGCAGUAUGCAGUGAACCGGCUGUUGGCGCAGCAGUCCCUCUCGCAGCAGUACCUUAACCACCCUCCUGUCAACCGCAACUCCCACAACAAGCCCAUGGAGCCACAGGUGACAUCAAACACAGAGGUGUCCAUGGACGUUUACCAGUGGGUGAGGGACGAGCUGAAGCGGGCCGGCAUCUCACAGGCCGUCUUCGCCCGCGUGGCCUUCAACAGAACCCAGGGCUUGCUGUCUGAGAUUCUACGCAAAGAGGAAGAUCCUAAAACAGCGUCCCAGUCCCUGCUGGUCAACCUGCGCGCCAUGCAGAACUUCCUGCAGCUGCCUGAGGUGGAGCGAGAUCGCAUCUAUCAGGAUGAGAGGGAGCGCAGCCUCACCGCCGCCUCAGCGAUGGGCGCCCCCCCACUCAUCAGCACCCCACCCAUCAGACCUUUACAGCCCCGGAGGGAAGACUGUAACAGCGUGAGGCCCGAGGACUGGAAUCCCCGUAUUCCCGUGGGCCUUUCUCCUGUCAAACUGUCGCCUAUGCCCAGUGAGUGGAACGGCAAAACAGAAAGCUGCAUCCUCAACAUCAACUCCACCAUCUACGACGAGAUCCAGCAGGAGAUGAAGAGGGCCAAAGUUUCCCAGGCCCUGUUCGCUAAGGUGGCCGCGUCCAAGAGCCAGGGCUGGCUCUGUGAGCUGCUGCGCUGGAAGGAGGAUCCGUCUCCGGAGAACAGGACGCUCUGGGAGAACCUCUCCAUGAUCCGCCGCUUCCUGAGCCUCUGCAUGGCCGAGCGGGACGCCAUCUACGAGCAGGAGAGCAGCGCGGGGCAGCAGCAGCACCACAACGAGCGCCCCAUGCACCUGACGCAGUUCUCCUCUGACCAGCUACAGGCUCAGCUCCCUCAGUCCCAGCAGCAGCACCAGUACCAGCACCAGCCCUCCCUUCAGCACCCCUGCCAACCCCUUUUGUCCCAGCAGCCCUUGCAGCUCAUGCAGCCCUGCACCGGCCCCCGGUUGCCGCCGCGCCAGCCCUCCACCGCCUCUCCGGCCGAGACGGAGGACGAGGUCAGCCGCGGGGGGAUCAUGAAGUCCCGCACGUGUGGGGGGAAGAUCUCCCUAGAGGCGCUGGGCAUCCUGCAGAGCUUCAUCCAGGACGUGGGCCUGUACCCCGACGAGGAGGCCAUCCACACCCUGUCGGCCCAGCUGGACCUGCCCAAGCUCACCAUCAUCAAGUUCUUCCAGAGCCAGCGUUUCUAUAUCAACCACCCAGCCAAGGCGCCAAAGGAGCCCGGCAACAACAUCAACAGCACCGCGGCAACCACCAACACCACCACCAGCAGCAGCAGCAGCAGCAGCAGCCCCGCCUUCGAGGAGGAGCUGACGGACUUCAGGGAGAGCGGAGAGCUGCUGAAGGAGAUGGAGGACAGCACGCAGACCAACAGCACCAUCUUCUCCAUCAAGAUCGAGGAGCAGCUGGCCCGAGGCGCGGAGGCCCAGGCGGAGUCAGAGCGCGAGGCCGCGGAGUAGAACACACACCGAGUGGUCCCGCACACACACACUGAUGACUGUGCUAAAUGUGACGCUCCGACACAGAACCACCACACUGCAAACACAGAAAAGUAGUGUUUUUAAUCAGUACAGCGCCCGGACUGUACGGCGAGUGUUUAGAUAUAUCCGCUGCAGACUGACGUGAAUUGAGCGCUCUCACACUGGAAAGCCCAUUUCAGACUCAAGUACUACUUUUUGGAUUUUGUAAAACUUGUAUUAUUAUCACUGUAAAGACUGAUGCAUCAUUUAAAUAAUCUGCACACAAAAAAAAAUUCUAAGUAUGUUGCCGUGGAUAUUUGCUGACUGCACUCUAUGUCUGUUGUUUUACACUGACUUACUUUAUCUUUUUGAGCUACUGAUUAUAUUUAAAAAGAAAAACAAAGUCCCCCUGGAGUUUGCUAGGACUUUGAUAGGUGUUUACGUAUGUGAUGUUUAACUGGAUCUUAAAAAAAUAAAUAAAAAAAGCAAAUGAAUUCAAGGACCAAGAGGUUGACAAGGCCUUAAUGAUGAGGUGUGGAGUCUGGAGCCUGCUGGCGGAUUAGUUAUUCUUUUAAAAAGUGCAAAAUGUGAUUAUGAAUCACUCCAAACUCUGGAACGCCAUCACCCAGCCCAGGUGAACCUGCGACAAUUGCUCAGUCUUUACAUAUUAUUUCUUAGGGAGGAAAUAUAAAUAUAUAUAUAUAGACAUUAUAUUGUAACUGUAAAAAAAGAUACAGUCUUAAAGAAACUAUGCCAACAAAUGCCUUGUACUAUACGGCACUGCCGAUGUUAGAUUAUUUUGCAAAACCUUUGUCACUGUAACUCUCUGAAUUUCCACACAGUUAGAAAUGUGAAUUACACCAUGUUUAUGUUGUCUGACAUUAUUUAUUUGCAGUUCAUGCAGUGUUUCUGAUGUAAUUACUUUUUUUUUUUUUAAGUUUAUGUUCGCUUUUUUUAAAUCCCACCAAUCUUUUUUCUAUUUAUAAAUGUGAUUUCGAUGGGCAGUAAAAACAAAAAGUGUCUUAAACGUUUUAAAUGGAGAAAUGUGCUUUAAAGGUUGCCUAUAAAACGUGCUGUAUGUCGAGCAACUCAUGCUACAAGCUUCACAAUUAAUGUUGUAUGCAAUUUUUACUAUCAUGCAAAUAAGCUUAGGUAAAAUGACUAACCUAUAGAACACCUUAGAGAGAAAAACAUAUGCAAUCUGUGUGAAAAUCGAUGUCUGCGAUGUGUCUUCCUUUGGUUAACAAUCCAACUCAAAAAGCUAUUCCUGUAUAAAUAUUCUGUAUAAAAGUGUUUCUUUUUUAUGAGUUUAUUUCAACACCAGUUAUUUUGUUACGACUGACUGUUUUAUAAGUGUUUCUCGGUUCCUUUCUGCAGAAAUGUUCCAACUAGAAGUGGUUAUUGAUUGUUAAAGACACAAUUAAACUGUUUGUAUUGUACCACAGAUUUCUUGCCAUUAACUUGACUUUUGACACCAGAGUGGGAUUUUCCUCUCUGCAAACAAAACAAGAAACAAUGUGAAUUGUUUUUCAAAUCUACUGCUAAGAGAAAUCAACUCCAGUUACUGUCUCCUUCAGCUGCAGUCACUGAACUCGUUAUUUGUAAUAACUGUAAAUAUCACAUCUUAUGGAAUCAUUGAUUGUUUAUUAUUGUAAAUAUAUUUGAAGUUUGUGCAAGAGCUCACCGUACAAAAUUGAAAUCAAGAUUUUGUCGUGCCUCUUCCUCUCAAACCGACUGUACCUGGGCUCUUCUACUGCUGAGUGUAUCUGAAGCACCUGUGAAAUCUGAAAUAAAUAAAUGUUAGGUGUGAACACCUGUAAUAGCAAAGCCCUCUGCAGGGAGUUAAGAUAGAGAACGGCACAGGUGUCCUGACCUCGCUGUGAACCCCAGGUGAGGCAGGUGUCUGCACCUUUAGGAUAUUACCCUCACCUGUUAACACCCUGCGAUAUGUGCCAGCCAGUCUGUGCUGGCGUUCCCUUGAUGUUCUGCUCAUCUUUUUUCAUGAAUAAAAAGCCAGAGUGUAA